AUGUACUUCUGCAUCAGCAAAACUGGCAAGAGCACCGUGACGACAGCCUCAAUAGAAAACGCAUGCAGACACCUCAGCAUUUGCCGAGAGACGAGAACGGGUAGUUCAAACAGACAUGUAGCUAUCUUUUCUGCUGCCUCUGGUGAGGGCGAAAGAGCUUUUGUUUGUGCACUUGUCAUCAUGCCUCGCACAGAAGAGGGCGGCACCGUUGCAUGCAACAGCACUUCUGUAGUCCUCGACUCCGGACUCAUUUCUGUAGUUGAUGCUGCCGUACUUCCCUCCGCUUGCUCAGCUGGCGUCGUGCUGUGCGGGGUAUUCAGGACGCCUGCCUCUAUUAUUGCUUCACCACAAGGGAGCGAAGAUCGGAUCAGCUUGCUGCUGCUCAGCGCUACAGCAGCAGGGAACUCCAUCCUCAGCGCUCUUCGGAGGAGAUCGUUGGCAACGGUAGGAGCAGCGGCUGCAGCCGCCCUUCUUGCCGUAGUCGUCGUCCAUAGGGUUCACAAAGACGGCCUUGCACUUCCUACUGCAGCUCCCUCUUUCCUCAUGCAGCCCCCCGACGCGCAUGUGCGCUUCCUACUGCACCGACUCCAGCAGCAGCAGAUGCAGCAGCACAUGUCGCCAGACGCCGACCAGCAGGCGGAGCAGGCUGAGGUGUACAGGGCAGUCCACGACAUCCUCUCCGGCGGGGAGCUGCAACGAGAAAAACGGGCUCAGCAACUCCAACAAACUUACGAAUUAGUGCACGACAAGAGCAGGGGAUUCGCUGUCGCUGCGGCACGAGUACCCCUUGAGUGCGACAGCCCGUCUGAUAUCGACACGUGUGCUGCUCUGCUGCUCUCGCUGCAAAAGGAGCUGCUAAGUCCAUUGCAGCCGCAAUCAGGGAAGCCGCCUGUUCGGCUGGUUGCUGCAGCGCAGAAAACAGCAACAGCGGCAACUGCAGUAUCACCAGCGCCACCCAUGGUAGGCGUAAUACUGCGCCGACCACUGAGAUGGGAGCUGCUGCCGUUUUGCGUCACCUCGCACUGGCGUCCAUACACUGAGCAGCAGCAGGCCCUUGGAAAGCAGGAGUCUGGACGGCAGGAGCAGUGCAGCAGGGAGGGGGCUUUUCAGCCGCGACAGCAGACCGCUCAGCAGCAGCAGCAACAACGUCGUGUUGUUGCGGAGGUGUGGCUGUCUCGCGGAGAAGGCCGUGCGAGGGAGUAUCUCAUCUUGAGACUUUCCGCCGCAGCACCCGCUGUAAGGGCUGUUGAGGAUACACCCCCCUCGAAUGCAGGAGGGUCCGCUUCGGAUUCGUUGUACCUCGAGGUAAUCGCCGUGACAGUGGCUGAUGGGGUGACCUCUGCGCGUCCUCUCCUGAACGGACAUGUACUGCUUUCCAUUGCCAAGCUGCUUCGCUCGAAUCUGCGUGAAAUCCAGAGACGUCGGCGGAUGCUCUUGCAGCCGACCGCCCUCUCUAGGGGAAGCAGACCAGUUGCAAGCAGUGGCAGUAGCAGUACCAGCAGACAUGCAGCGUUCGUGGGCGCAGCUGCUCUAGCCCGACCAGUGCAGACUUACAGACAGCCAGGCUGUCCUCCUCGCUAG